AUGACUAUUGCUGCAUAUGCGUAUGAAACAAAUGAAGCAAGAAGAGCACAUGAACUAGUAAACGAAAACUCAACUUUAACCAUUGAAGGCAAUGAUUUAGUCAUUGACGAUGGAAAAACUAAAAAAGUCAUUGAUUUCGAUACUUUUAACACUUAUGACCCAUUCAUUACAAUAAGUAAAGUUCCUAUCAUAAAUGAUGGAACGGUGCAAUAUAUAAAUUCUACAGUAGAUGCCUCAUUAGUGAAAGUAUUAAAUGUUCUCAUUGAAUUGUUAAAGAGCUCUCGAUUUGACGACAACAUUAAAUGCUUAAAGAAUUUAGUCAUGAAUGAGAAACAAAUUCUCGGCGUUGCUGGUAGCAGUAAUGAUGUACACCUUAUGACAUUAGAAUAUUAUAACGAACAUAAAGAUGAACUGAAAGGAGAGAAGGGUGACACUGGACCUCAAGGACCACAAGGAAUACAAGGAAUACAAGGACCUCAAGGCGAAAUCGGUUUGGAUGGUGAAGAUGGAAAGGAUGGAAAAACUGCUAAAUCAUGGAUAUGGAACCUUAUAAAUACUGGUUUAACAGCUGCUUCAUAUGGAGUUCUUCAAUACCAAAUCGGAAAGAUAUGGGCAGUACUUGGUGAAGAAGUUUUAGAUGAC